GUUGAGGAAAUAAGCAACAUGGCGUCUAUUAAUAUCAGCCUUGAUGUGGGUACAAGUUUCCCGAACUUUAAAUGUGUUAAGGAUGUUUUAGAGGCCAGAACUCAAGUACUGAAUGAACGAUGGAAGAUAGCCUCAGGCAGUAAGACUGUUAAGCAGGCUAACUCUGGCAUAAAGGAUGUUAAAAGACAUUAUAAGGACGAAUUCAAAUACGCUUUUGUCUUCCUGAGAUGCAUUAAUGAAGGUGGAUACAAAACUCGUGGAAAAAAUAUUCGUAAAAAAAAGUCUCACAAAACUGGAUGCCCAGUUAAAGUCAAGCUAGUUGCAGAUCGAGUUGAAAACAAAUUAGUUGUAACCCGGUCUUGUUUGGAGCACAAUCAUGAUGCUGUUGACAAAUCUGUUGGGCAUUUUUCUGAAGACCGUAGACCAACAGAGGAAGAAGCAGAGCAAAUAAAAUCCAUGCGUGAAAUGGGGUUAUCAGCUGGAAAAAUUGCCCAAUAUUUUAUAGAGAGAAAUGCAAAGCAUUUCACUCGCCAUGAUAUUAACAAUAUUGUCCACAAACAGAAUCGUUCAUUAGCACACAAUUACUGGAAAUUACAUCUAUCAGAUGUUGUCACAGCCGGAGGAGAAAAAAGUUAUGCUUCUAAGAUGACAGUUUUAAAGACUCUUGAAAAAGUUUGGCGGGCAGGCAAGGAGGUAAUUUCUAUUGAAGUACAAGAUGACUCAGGAAAGAAGUUUGUGGAAAACAUUGAAAAUGCUAGUUCUCUCCCUGCCAUUGAGACUGAUGUAGCUGUGCAUGAUUUUGAUGCAGGUAAUGUUACUGAACAAACUGUAAAUAAUGUUACUCAACAAAAUGUAAAUAAUGUUACUCAGCAAAAUGUAAAUAAUGUUACUCAACAAAAUGUAAAUAAUGUUACUCAGCAAAAUGUAAAUAAUGUUACUCAGCAAAAUGUAAAUAAUGUUACUCAACAAAAUGUAAAUAAAGUUGUUACUGUACCUAAUGUCAGCAUAGUAAAAAUAGAAGAAAGUGAUGUGUCAACUACAUUUGCCAAUUUCACUGUAUCUACAAGUAGAAUAGCAUCUACUGCUCAAAAAAAUUCAAAAGACAUAAAAAAUAAAUUGGCUGCAGUCAUUAAAAAAAGAAGACUGGAUGAUGUUCAUUAAGUUUUCAAUUUGUGUUGUAUGUUUAUGUUGAAAAUAGACCUGUUCAGCAAUAAAUAUGAGGUUUGGUUUCAGUCAUUUUUGUAUGACAGGCUCCUACUAAUCAAAAUAAACUAAAAUGAACCUCAUUUAUAACAUUUGUAUGCAUUGAUCAAACAUUUGUUUAGCUAGAAAAAUAAU